AUGAGAAUAUUUCCAAUUAACAAUAUCACCCACGUUCGAUUCAAAGCAACCCAAACUUUACCAUUAUUAAGUAUCGAGGAACUAAGAAAAUCAAAAUCCCUACCCUUAACGAAGGGAACAUUCACGUUACCCAUGAGAGAUUACAUCGAGUGGGAGAACAUCCCCAAGAUAAUGAAGAGGGAAACUUUCUUCACUAACAAGAACACACUCAAACAAUCUAUGGAUUCAUUCCAACAAUAUGACCCCAUCCUGACUCAAUGCCUCGCUAAAUGGCUACUUGUAAACUAUAAAUUAAAUGACUACCCAUAUUUUGAUCUUAACAUUGUCAAUGUAUGCACGGAUUUGAAACAGGGAAUUCAAAUUUGUAAAACUAUAAUGCAGUACUAUAAAGCCAAUCUGUCUGAUAAUAUUUUUGAAAGGAUAAAAUAUUAUCUGGUACCACUAUACGAGACCGAUCUACCUUCUAGAGCUGACAUUGAGGAUAUUCCAGGCUUCAAACAAUUCAUCUCAAGAGAAUUCGUUUUUGAAUCCACUGAAAUGAAUGGUCAGAUUCCCUUUAGCAUUGAAGACCCUGUCUAUCUUCUUUUAUUAGACGAUAUACUGAAAUACACUGCACAUGAUCUGGUAAGGUAUUGUCCGAAAAGUGACACUUGGGAACAAGGAUUCAUAGAUAUUAACGUGCAAGGAGGAAAAAGGAAGCGUUUUGACACAGAUAUUGAUUAUUGGUGCCGUACUACUUUGCAAGUAUUGAAAGAGAAUGAUAUACUACCAACUUUGAAGGCAAACGAAGAAAUAUAUAUCCCAACGGGGAUCCUACGAUUAUUCAAGUUAAUGGAACUUUAUUUACCGGAACACAGGUUAUUUGCGGUAGAUUCACCUCAGAGAUGGAACCCUGGUCUAAUGACCAUGUUGAAAUUAAUCUUUAAAGGAACGAUAGCUACUCAAUCAAGUAAGAUUAAGGAAAAAUUCAAAGAUUCAAUGUUAACAAGGGGAUCAGUGCCCAUCAUUGAGUUUGUUCCAGAUUUUUUGCAGAUCCAAAAAUUAUAUGAAGCUGUUCAUUUAAACUCUUCCAAGGAUUGUGAAAUUGAAGAAGUUGAAGAAUUUAUUAAUAAAUGGACAGAUAUUGGAAAGGAGGGAAGUGUCGUAGCAACAAAGAAAACCAAAGCAAAAUUAAAGUUAUUAAAGAACAGUCAACUGGCUAUUUUACGUUCGUCUUAA